UCGGCUAUAAAACACAACAAAUCAUAAAGUGCAGGCAGGGGAAGGCAGAGGAAGGAGGACGGGAGGGAGAACCGUUAGCCGUUAGCCCGUUAGCCUCCUUCUACUCCUCCUUCUUCUUCAGCGCGUGAACGUUGUUGUUGUGUUUGUUUCGUGCCCUCCUGUCCUCCCCUCUCCUUUUUCUUCUCCUCUCCUCUCUUUUCCUCUCUUCUCAUCCUUCUCCUACACUUUCUCCCGAUGAGUUCGUAUUUUGUCAACUCCUCUUUCCCGGUGACGCUACCGGGCACGGGUGGAGGCGGGCAGGCGGCGGCGGAGUCGUUCCUGGGUCAGAUCCCGCUCUACUCGUCCGGAUACGCCGCCGACCACCCGCUCAGGCACUACCCGGCAGCGGCCGUCACCGCUGCCGCGGCCGUAGCGUACGGCGCCGGCGGCGGCGGCGUGCACCAGGACAAACCGUACCCGUCCCCCUACUACCAGCAGGCUGCGAACGGAGCGUAUGGCGGGCACCGGGCGGCGGCAGGAGUCGGUGUUGGGGGCGCGACCGGAGCCGGUGCUUGCGACUACGCCACGGCGGCGGCGGCAGCGGCGGCUGCGGCGGCCGCCACGAGCUUCUACCGGGACAAGGAGCACCCGUGCAGCCUGGAGGAGCACCAGCUCGCCCUGAGCCACGACGGCAUGCACCGUAAAGCGGAGUGCGCGGGGCUGAGUGGCAAAGGGCUGUACGGAGAAACGAUGGACGACAAGCAGUCAUCAGCCCCCAUUUAUCCGUGGAUGCAGCGGAUGAACGCGUGCAACGGGACCUUCGGCAGCCCCGGGAGACGCGGGCGGCAGACCUACACCCGCUACCAGACUCUGGAGCUCGAGAAGGAGUUCCACUUCAACCGGUACCUCACGCGGCGGCGGCGGAUCGAGAUCGCGCACGCGCUCUGCCUCACGGAGCGGCAGAUCAAGAUCUGGUUCCAGAACCGGAGGAUGAAGUGGAAGAAGGAGAACAAGCUGAUCAACUCCUCGUCCUCAUCCUCCUCCUCCUCCUCCUCCUCCUCUUCCUCCACGGUGAACGGCGCAGAGGAAGAGGAGAAACGGACGGAGUGAAAGCGGAGAAACAAACUGGUAUAAGACACAUGGAAGAGGGUGAGGAUGGAUGGAAGGAAGAAAAGACAUGCUGGUUAAUCCCUUCCCCUCCUGUCUCAAACUCCAUCUAGACGUUUGUCUGAUGUGAAAACUCUGGGAAAAAGUAGCCAACGUUUUGUUUGACUUUUUUUUAAAAAAAAAAAACAAAAACAAACAGGAGCAGGGGUGAAACAUGUACUAGAGGAAUAGAGGAAGAGGGAUAUUCACUUUUUUUUUUUUAAAAACAUCUUAUAUCGCCACCCACUAAAAAGAAAAUAAAUGCCCCGUUUCUGUACACUGAAUUCGUCGCCCUUUGUGGUCUGAAAAUUAGGAGAUGAUUUGACUCUUUAAAGGGACCAUGCGACUGUGAUAAGGACAGGUAAUAAUAACAUAGUGAAUAAAACAAGAAUAUACAAAGAGAGGGAACGCUGGUGGACCAGUCUAAGGCAUCCAAAGUGUAUUUAAAAUACAAUGAGUAUCCCUACGUCCAACCGUGACAAACUGUUAUAAGAGACAAUUUCUUGUUGCAUUCCAAGAAAAUCACCCAACUUCUUAUUCUACUUAGUUGUUAUUUUUGUCAGAUGUACUUCCUGUAUUGCAGGCACUUGUUCUGAAGCUUUAGAACUCGACUUCGGGAUGUUUUGUCCCCGGUAAUAUAUAUAUAUAUAUAUAUAUAUAUAUAUAUAUAUAUAUAUAUAUAUAUAUUCAGACUCUUUUUUUUUUUUAAAUGUGUUGUGUGUAUUAUCUUCAAUUAAACGUGCGAACACGAUCGUACACACGGCAAUGUGGGACGGAAAGGCUCUUUGAGAGGUAUAUGUAUGUCAAAUGGUGUUCAUAUUUAAACUGUAUAGAAAUAAGAAAGGGAAAAAAAAAUCACUCUGUCCGGUGGAAAUAAUGUAAUUGCUGGUUUGGGUGGGGUAAUUUAACAUUUCCAGCUGUUUUACUCUGCCGAUAUAGAGGGGUCGCGUGUUGGGGGGGGGGCGGGGGGUGUAAACCUACUGAUGUUAUUCUCCAAACUACCUAAAAAACGUUCAGGAAAGUGUAUAUUUUAUGAAUUUUUACAUUGUUUGUUUAUGUUAGUGUUUUGUCAAGUAAUUACGUAUACUACCUAUGAGAAAUGUUCAAUAAAAUGUAAAGCAGUGUA